AUGGCGCCCGUUAAUUCUUUUUUGAACAAUAGUGCUCGCUACUGUCACUGUUCAUCUGCUUCCAGCAUCGGUACCACUUCCAAUUGUUCCUCCAAUCAGCCGUCUUUGCUUGUUUUUUCAGGGGGAACUGCCUUUAAUGGUGUUGUGGAAGAACUUAAGAAUUUAACGACUUGUGUGGCUCAUGUACUCCCUGUUUCUGAUGAUGGAGGAAGCACCGCUGAGAUUGUUCGUGUUCUUGGUGGUCCAGCUGUUGGAGACAUUCGGUCAAGAUGCUUGAGACUAUCUGAUCAAAGUACAUCUGAGGCUCUUGCAGUGAGGACAUUGUUAGGUCACCGACUACCUCUUGAGGCACAGAAAGCAAAAUCAGAAUGGUAUUCUAUCGUGGAAGGGAAUCAUUCUCUGUGGAUGGGUGUCUCAAAACCAUAUAGGGAAACUAUUCGAGCUUUCUUGGUCUUUUUCCAGGAUCAGGUACUCAGGCGCUCGGAAGAGUCUUUCUGUUUCAGUAAUGGGAGCAUUGGGAAUUUUUUCUUUGCUGGAGCGCGCAUAUUCUUUCAGUCUUUAGAUGCUGCAAUUUUUUUGUUUUCACGUGUCUCAGAAAUUCCCUCUGAAAGCCAGGUCCUCCCUGUGAUAUCGACAAAUGACAGGCUUACAUUGGGUUGUGAAUUGUUGGAUGGCACCAUAAUACGGGGUCAAAAUGAAAUAUCACAUCCAAGCAAUGGAUCAAUGGAACCCAUAAAUAAGAGUAACUCUUCGGUUCCAGCCCUGCAUUCAAGAAUAAAACGGGUGUUUUAUAUGUCCAGUGAAGGCAACAAUUUAUUGCAUGAGGUCUUUCCAAAUGCAAAUCCAACUGUCUUAGAACAGCUGAGGGGUGUGGACUGCAUUAUCUUUGCCAUGGGAUCACUAUUUACUUCCAUAUGCCCCUCCCUCGUUCUACUCGGAAUUGGGGAAAUUAUUUCUUCACGCACUUGUCCCAAGGUGCUUUUUUUGAACGGUACUCAUGACAGAGAAACUAGUGGCUUCACAGCUUCUUGCUUUGUGACUGCUAUUUCGGAUGCUUUAAAUCGAUCUUAUGGAGAUCCACACAACAGACUUAAAAAUCCUCCAAAUGAAUACAUCAAUACAAUUUUUGUGCCCGAAGGUUGUCAAAUUCCUGUAGAUGUUGAUUGUCUGGCCGCCCAAGGGAUCUUUCACAUGGUUACUGUUGACUCUGUUCAUGAUUCGAAGGGAGGUAUUUUGUUUGAUCCUAAAUCUUUAAUACAAGCUCUAGCCAAUCUGUUAACUGGAUGCAAAAGGAUGAAUGUGUCUGGAAUUUGA